CCUCCCGCACGCCUCCAGCACACCCACCGCACGCCUCCCGCACACCCCCGGCCUGCCUGGCAGUUCCUGGAGGGGAGGCGAGUUCCGUAUAAAAGUGCCACUCAGAGGGGACUCUGCUGCUCUGUCCACCCAGCUGCACCUAGACUCCCCCACACCGAGCGCCAACAUGACGGACCAGGCCCCCUUUGACACCGAUGUGAUCACCAUGACCCGAUUUGUGAUGGAAGAGGGCAUCAAAGCCAAAGGCACCGGAGAGAUGACCCAGCUCCUGAACUCGCUGUGCACUGCCAUCAAAGCCAUCUCUACUGCCGUGCGCAAGGCUGGGCUGGCCAACCUAUAUGGAAUUGCUGGAUCCACAAAUGUAACCGGAGACCAAGUGAAAAAGUUGGACGUUCUUUCAAAUGACCUGGUUAUCAACAUGCUGAAAUCCUCAUUCGGUUCCUGUGUCCUGGUAUCAGAGGAGGACCCACAUGCUCUUAUUGUGGAAGCUGAAAGGCGGGGUAAAUAUAUUGUCUGCUUUGACCCAUUGGACGGUUCCUCAAACAUUGACUGCCUUGUAUCUAUUGGCACAAUUUUUGCCAUAUACAAAAAGACAACUGAUGGAGAGCCUUGUGAGAAAGAUGCCUUACAACCAGGCCGUAAUCUCAUCGCAGCUGGAUAUGCUUUAUAUGGGAGCGCCACAAUGCUUGUCCUGGCCACUGAAUGUGGCGUCAAUUGCUUCAUGCUGGACCCUGCUAUUGGAGAAUUCCUCUUGGUCAACAGAAACGUGAAUAAGCCAAGAGGCAACAUCUACAGUCUUAAUGAAGGCUACGCAAAAUACUUUGAUGCAGCAGUUACAGAAUAUCUCCAGAAGAAGAAGUUCCCAGAAGAUGGUAGUUCCCCAUAUGGAGGAAGAUAUGUUGGUUCAAUGGUGGCAGAUGUUCAUCGAACAUUGGUCUAUGGAGGAAUCUUCCUGUACCCUGCAAACACAAAAAGUCCAAAAGGAAAGUUGAGGCUCUUGUAUGAAUGCAACCCCAUGGCAUUUGUUAUGGAAAAGGCUGGGGGCCUAGCCACCAAUGGACUGGAGAACAUUUUGGAUAUCGUACCAGAAAACAUACAUCAAAGAAUGCCAAUAGUCCUAGGCUCUCCAGAAGAUGUUAAGGAAUACAUUGAGAUUUUCAAAAAACAUGCCAAGAAAUAGAGCCGCUGGACAGAACUGCUGGCAAGAGGACCAAAGAAAAUAUUCCAUGUCUGCAAUAUUUCGCACAUUCUGGACAACUUUCUAACUUUUAUACACAAAGUGCCAGUCUGAGUAAGACACAAAAAUAAAUUUUUAUAUUAAGCUUGUAAAA